GCAAUGUUAUUAAUUUAUAGAUCAAGGACGAAUUUGAAAGAAUGGGCAUUGUUUCCAAAGAAGCUGCAUUAGAGAGGCUAUUGCAAGUUGUUGAAAAGUUGUAUCCCGGUUCAGAUAUUCCGUCUGCCCUAAUACGAUUUCAUAAGAACACUACCAGAAAAGGAGUGUUGUGUCCGAUUGUUAUUGCUAGUUCUGAAGAUAACGUCUCUUCUCCUGGGCCGCAACUCAUUUUAGGAGAGAAAAUAACAUUUGUUGAUAAAGGGAAAGUAAUUGCGAUUGGUCAUCGGCAUAAUGAUUCCCUACACGUGCUUCAACUAAUUGCUUAUUAUUAUAUUAUGGACUUGUCGUACCCAAGAUCGUUUGGGGGAGUUUUGGGACUGUUGCAGCAUUACGUCUUGCAAAUACCAUUUGCUUGUACAAAUAAGCUUUGGUUAAAAAAAUGCCAAGUCUUGUAAAGGGUUUUGUUGUA